AUGUCGGUUAGUCUCGUGAGAAGCGUUUUCCUUGGCAGAUUGCAGCUCUGGGAAUUUGUUGGGGAUCUUUCAAAUCCUCUCCUAGUUUUGCCGCUUCAACCAGCUUCAUCAUCAGCUAUUAUCAGCGCUGAUAGAAACAUAGUGUCUGAUUUUCCAAAAUCAAGCAAUCUUCUUGGGAACUGUACCGGCCCGGACAAGAGGCGUGAUGACCAGAAUGCACAUUCUGAUUUUCAGAAGCUUCAAACAUCUUAUGAGGUUCUGAAGGAUGAGAAGACUAGGAAGUUAUUUGAUUAUCUACUUCGGGUGAAAUGGGAAAAGUUUCAAUGCCAAGCACAGCAAAAUUCCAAGCGGCAGAAUAUAAUGUCAGAUCUUGAAAUUGCAGCUCUGGGAAUUUGUUGGGAUCUUUCAAAUCCUCUCCUAGUUUUGCCGCUUCAACCAGUUUCAUCAUCAGCUAUUAUCGGCGCUGAUAGAAACAGUUUCUGA